AUGGAUUCGCGUUCCUUUGGGACUAUAGCAGGUCUAGCAUUGGCAAUUGUUUUUACUUGGAGACUAUUAAGAGCACCUAGAGGGCCUCAAAGAAGACAACCCAAGAGGCAGGCACCUUCAGGUAGUAGUUCAGUUGCAGGUAAUCGUGCUAGUGAAAAUGGUGCAUCCACAGAUGCUAGUAUUCCUUCAGAAGAUUCUGGAACCCAGAAUGUGGUUGAUGAGUUCUUUCAGCCAGUAAAGCCAACACUCGGCCAAAUUGUUAGGCAAAGGUUGUAUGAAGGAAGGAAGUUAACUUGUCGUCUGCUUGGUGUGAUCCUGGAGGAAAGCAGCCCUGAAGAGCUUCAGAAGCAAGCAACAGUCAAGCCAUCUGUUCUGGAGGUGCUCUUAGAAAUCACGAAGUUUUGUGAUCUUUAUCUCAUGGAAAGAGUUUUGGAUGAUGAAAGUGAAUUGGCUUCAAGAUCAGUAAUAUGCCCGAUUACAUUUAUGCAGAAGAAAGUUCUUUCGGCUUUGGAAGAUGCUGGGGUUUUUACAUCUGGUGGCUUGGUGAAAGAUAAGGUUCUUUUCUGUAGCACAGAGAACGGACGGGCGUCUUUUGUUAGACAACUCGAACCUGAUUGGCACAUAGACUCGAAUCCUGAAAUUGUUACCCAAUUAGCGAGAUUCAUCAAGUAUCUACUUCACAUUUCGCCUGUCAAGCUUGAACGACCCGUUUCCAAUGUUUUCUCUGCCACAUCUCUCGAACAGUUCUUCGGUUGUGUUUGACUUACAUUAGCUAGUGCUGAUUAUCAGAUGGAACACAUUAUUGUACUUUUAAGUUAUGUGACCAAAUGGAGCUGGAGCUGGAGCUAGAGCUAUUAUAUGCAACAAUGGAACUCUAUCUGAGCACUGUCUUUUAAUGCAUAAAUAAAUGAUCUCUAAAGGACCUUAUUCUUCAUUUUAGCUUAGUGUGGUGAUGUCAAUAUUAAUCUAGUGGAAUUUAAGUGUGUGACUGUUUUUGUCUUCCUCCAAAAAUAAAAAUAAAAGAAAAAAGCAAUUUUAUUUUAGGUUUUGGGUACUUCUGUACUAUGGAUGUGAUGAAAUUAGCUUGUAUGUGAUUGGCUAUGAAUUAUGGUGGGGACUGAAUAUAGAGAAGUUCUAGUUUCAUUAUAAAUUUUCUUUUUUCUUAAAUUGUGAUUGGACACAAAUGUAUUCUUGAAAUGAAAUACAGUCAAUCACAUUUAUUUUUUUGAUCACA